AUGACUCACGAUGUCGAUCAUUUGAUAAUUGUACCAUGCCACGGAGUCUACAAGUUAGGAGAGCUACCACAUAGACAACAAUCAUGGCACAUGGCUGAUUUCCAACUUGAAGGAAACGACCAUCUUUGCUUUCUUGAACAUUUAGAUAUUGCGUUGAAAGAAUUGGAAAAAAAUUUCCAUGCAUAUUUGAUCAUUUCUGGUGGAGAAACGAAGAAGGAAGCUGGUCCAAUAUCGGAGGCGUUUUCUUACUAUGCAAUUAUUGAAAAGCAAGUGAGAGAAGAAAUUGGUUUCGAUCGGGUUACAACUGAAAACUAUGCACGUGAUUCCUUCGAGAAUGUCAUAUUUCUGAUUUGUCGAUUUUAUGAGGUGUUCAAACGGUAUCCUGAAUAUAUCACUAUUAUCGGGUUUGAGUUUAAGAGGGAGAGAUUUUUAAACCUACACUUGUCGCAGGCUCUAAGAUUUCCUCGUGAUCGGGUAUAUUAUAUUGGAAAUAGCCCUAAUCCCAAUCACUUAACUAAAGAAGAAAAGGACAAGUACUUUGAGGACUUGCGCUCUAGUGAGUACAGAAACGCAGUACAAGAGUUUCGGAAGGAUUGGUAUGGCGUUCAGGAUGUAUUAAUGAGUAAAAAGGAAAAGAGGAACCCGUAUUCUAGACUGCAUGGCUAUACUUUGAGUAAUGGUCCCAUCCGAGAGUUCUUAUGUCAAAUUUCAGGACGGGCAAGACCUGAAAGUAAUGAAGUCGUCCACAAGGCGUUAGACGAUGCUCCAUGGACUUGA